CAUGGAGUGCAAACCAUUUCGCCAUAACGCAACAAAGGCGCCGACGUACGUGUGCUAGUCACGUGCAUGCACUUCCACUAACUUUCCCACUUACUCCUUGAGGUUUUUCAUUAGUGACAAAAGGCGUGCAGAAACGAUCAAUCAACCAGAUACAUUUUGAAAAAUCCAAUUUUUUACUCCGCAAGAAUGGGAAUUGACAUGAGCAGACCAGCUUCUUCAAGCCAACAGAUAUGCCAAGAGGGGCACAUGCUGAUCCACAUGAAGAUGGAUGUUAUAACAAAAGAGGAUGGACAACAAAAUUUGACUUUAAGGUGUUCUUUAUGUGAAAGUGUGUUAAGGAUGAGUGAUGUCAGUAGAUCUCCAUUCCUGAAUUGUCCAGUAGUAACUGCUGCAGGUCAAACUUUGCAAAAUAGCCAGGAAACAAAUCAAACAGGCACAAACACUUUACAAAGAGAGUCCAGCUUUAAUGACUUUUCGCAGGAUUUUGUUAAGAUGGAUCCAGAUUCAGUCUGCGGAGACUGUGAAAAUGAUAUUGAUUUAGAUAUGCAUGUUGAAAGUUAUGAGAGUUUCCAGCUCAGUAAUGAGACUGUUGUGCCAAAUAGCACAGAGAAAACAAAUGAAAAGGAAAUCACCUCAACAGUAUAUAGAGGAACAAGAAGACAAGACAGUCAGCCGAGAAAUAUGGAAUCAUUUUUAAAACGUAAAGUACAUAAGAGCCCCAUUUCAGUUGAGCAGAACCCCAAGAAAACCCCAAAGCUACAAGCCAGCAGGGAAACAAUUAGUGUGUCACUGGAAAGUUCUAACCAGCUAUCUGAUAACAAUUCAAAUAAGAAUUCCUCAUCAUCUGGUCAGCUUGCUGUUUCUGCACAAAUUAGCUCCAGUGAACGUAGGUUUAAAAUUCCAUCAUGCAAGUUUUGCUUUGCUACCCACAGUGACUUUGGAGAAAAUUUAUUGUGUAUCCACAAAUGUCCUAAAACAGGUACCACAAUUUUCAUAUGUUCAGUCUGUAAUGACUACUACAGUAGCUGUGCCUUAUUGAUUGAAUGUGAAAGAAAACACAGACAGGUAAAUGCAACUUCCAGCAAAGAAGAAUUCAAGUGUAUAGUUUGUGAUCAGACAUACCUUAAUUUCAGAGAAACAAAAAGGCACGAAACUUGUCACAUUCAAACUGAUACUGUAGUCGCUGCUGGGGCAUCCUUACUACACAAAGCAAACUCCAUUUCUGGCCCUGGGAGACCUGAACCUGAAGACCAGAACAGUCAUAUAUCUAAUGCUAUCACAUCAUCCACACCAUUGAUACACAACUCUCAAGUACCACUCAUGCCACCACAGGCUGCACAGUUUUCCCGUCUGUGUAUCACACAAUAUGAAUUAGAGGAAAUUAAGAGCAAGGCACAUGAUGCUAGAAGUUUUUGUAUAAAAUUAAUGUGUAAAAUUUUUAGUAGUGAUGAGCGGUUGCAAAACGAUAAGAAUGUUUUAGGAAAUUCAAGUGGGAGUGGUCUCAAAAAGAAAAGUCUUUGUCCUUAUCGUAUACAAUUCAUCAAGGACUGUGCUCGAAAUAUGUAUCCUACAGAUUUUCAGAAUAAUCCAUCCAGGAUGUGGACUACAUGUGUAUCAGCCAUGAAUUCGUGCAAUAGAGGUUUCAGAUGCAUAAAGAAAAAGCAGAGUGGAAUACAAAAAUGAAAUAGCGAUGUCUUUGAGUGAAAGAACAUGCAUGUCUUAAGUGUUCUGCAUUUUUUUUAAUAUUUGACCUAUGUAAACUGAUUUUAUUCAUGCCAUCAGUUUGCACUUCUGGCAGUGCUCUAGAGCACAUUCCCACAGAUUUAGAUUGAUCCAUCUGGAUCGACCUAACUCCCUGGGGGUUCACGCUAAAUUGCAGUCA